AUGGACGACGAUGAUGAUUUCUUCGGGGGCUCUGACUUGGAGGACGAAUCCAAGGAGAAGGUUGACAAUCUGCAAACCAUUUAACUUUUUCUUUUUUGAGGUCUCUCCUGAGGACAAAAAACACAUAUUGCGGAGGGAACUGAGGCAGAUGCUCUACGGUUUUGGUGACGAUAAGGUUGUUGCUUCGAACAGUUUUUUUCUGGAAUAGAUACUGUCCCACCGUUUUUUCAGUCAGUUGUAAAUUGUCUCGAACCAUUUCCGUUUUCACUUCCAAAUUUUAUUUCAGAUGCCUUUCGACAAAACCCUCGAAUCUAUUGAAGCCAUCACGUUGUACUAUAUAAAAUCGCUGUGCCAACUCGCCAUGAAGGUUUUCAUUGUUUUGUUUCUUUUGAGCAAUAUAUUUCUCAGGUGGGAAAACCGGACCGAUUGGCUCUUGAGGACAUCCAUUACCUCAUUCGUCGGGAUCCAAAAAAGUUCGCCAGAGUGAAGGUAGCCGCUUUGUUUCGCAACUUGUGUGCAGAGAUCUCAAGUUAUUUUGAGAGGUCGACCUCAAGAAGUUAAAUGGAGGCUAUUCGGAUUUUUUUUUAAAGAAAAGGUUCAAUAAAGCUUUUUUUUUUUCAUCCCUGUACUUUCACCUUUUCUUGCUAACGAAUUGACUUUCAACUUAGGGGAAAAGUCAUUCUUCUCAUUUAUUCAUAUUUUGGCCUUUUUGCUUUUUUUGCGUCUGAAACGAGUAAAAUUAUAAAUUAUACAUCGAAAUUGCUUGUCAUUUUUUUCAAAAAUCAGUUUUAUGAACGUUUUUUUAAAUUUGCAGGACAUAGAUAAUUCAGUUUCCAUGCGCCCUAAUUUAACGGGGUCACUCAAUUCUUAAUAAGUUAAAAAGACCUCAAUUAUAUUUUUUUAACUAUUUUAUCGCAGAUUUAAGAUAAUACUUUUCAGGACCUUCUUUCUAUGUCUGAGGAAUUGAAAAAAAGGCGCGGAAACAAUUCGACGAAGCGAAGCCAAUUUAAGUUAUUAUUUAAAAAAAUUAAUUAUUCAAAGUUCUUUUUCACAUUGGCUGAGUCGGAGCAACCUUCUAUGGGCAUUUUAACUUUUUUUUAGAAAAGUCAAAAAAAAAGCUUUCAAUUUGCUACUCUAUUCUCUUUAUUGAGCUUUUAAUCCUAGUGGAAUUGAAAGGCUUGAUAAAGGGCGCAAAAGAGAAACUUUUUCCGGCUUUGCCAGUGA